GCACAGGCACAACCCCUGAAGAGAAACCCACCCCAGCAGCUUCGAGUGAUCUCAAAGGCUUGAACUCCAACCAAGCCGCAUGAGCUCAGAGCUGCUGCGGGACUGAGCAGCCCAGGAGCUGCCCCGGAGCAGGGAAAGGCUUUGGGAAUCCCACGGCCAUGGAGUGGGGGCAGCUGCUCUGCAUCUUCUGCCUGCUGGAGCUGGCUGGCUGCGCUGCCGGGAGCACCACGGCCACCCCCAGCCCCACGGGAGGGGACAGCAGCCGGGGGACAGCGGGGGACAGCGCUGCCACCACGGCCACGGGGGACAGCAGCAGCGCCAAGCCAGCCUCUGCCACCGCCACCUCCGGGGCCACCACGGCGUCCUCAGAGCUCCUUGGCCAGCUGAACAGCAGCCCCCAGCCCAGCCUGGCCCCCACAUCCCUGCCAGGCUCCUCCCUGGGCCCCCAGGGCAGCCCGGGGCUCCCCACGAGCCAGAGCCCCCCGACCCAGCCCGGGGACAGGGCAGAGACCUCGGGCACCCCCAGCCCUGCGGGCACCUCGGAGCACCCCGAUGUCCCUGGUGCCACCACAGCCCUGCCCAUGGCCAGCAGCAGCCCCCAGCCUGCCAUCAGCUGCCACAGUGCCAGGGAUGCGGGUGACACCGCCGGGGCCAUCUGCCUGCAGCUCAACGAGUCCAGCACCUGCGAACACUUUGUGGAGAGGAAGGGGUCAGAUUUAUGGCAAGCAGUGUGUGAAAACAGAACCCACAGCGUGGAGUCCCCCUGUGAGAUCAAACUCACCCCAUCCAGCCUGGACAGGGACUGCUUGCUCCUCAUCCUCAAAGGGGAGAAAGACCCUGACAAACUCCUGAACACGCUCCAGAAGUCCCACAGGGAAAAGUUGGGAAUAGCAUCCCUGCAGAAGGAGGGCCCCAGGGGCCGGCGGGACUCGUCGCGGAGGACGCUGAUCGCGCUGGUGACCUCGGGGCUGCUGCUGGCGCUGCUGGGGCUGGCCGGGUGUCUCCUGAUGCGGCGGCGCAGCUGGAGCCCUGCGGGACAGAGGCUGGCUGAAGACCCCUACGACGCGGAGAACGGCAGCCAGGGGAACACCUUGCUGAUGUCGCCCUCGCAGGAGCCGGCGGAGCCGCAGGAGAAGCCGAACCCGCCCAAGGCGAACGGGGGCAGCCCGGAGAAGGGCACGGGCCCCGCGGCCUCGCAGAACGGGCACUCGGGCCGGCAGCACCGCCCCGCCGACACCGAGAUGUGACCGCGCCCGGAGCCCGGGGCUCGCAGGAGGGCUCUGCGCACCGCAAACCUCCUGCAUCCUCAUCAUCGUCCCCGUGAAGGACUCCAAAACCAGCCCAAAGCACCCGGAGAGACAGAGCUGCCAGAGAGCGGCUCCUUCUCCUCCUCCUCCUCCUCCCGCUGACCGCACGGGACAGUUUUGUGCAGCUGUUCUCUGCUCUUGUUGUCAGAAGAACACCGGGACAAAUGGCAGCGGCCUUUGGCCUCCCCAGCUCUCAGGCAGAGGCAGAGUUUGGCUCCGGGCAGCCCAGGUUUCUGGCAGCAAUAUGUUAGGGCUGUCCAAAGUAGUUAAAUUGGGAUUGCAGCGACAAAAGCCUCUCAGGUUUCAGAUAGUUUUGGUUAACAGAGUUGUUUAUAAUCUCAUCUUUAUGUUUAAGUGCAGGACUUCUUCCUCUUCUGAGACCACCAGGCAUUUAACCCCUUCCUGUCUUUAGGGCUCCUCUAUUUCCUACCCCAGCAGAAUUUGCUGAAGCUGAAGCUGUGCGUAAAACUUCCCACAUGGAACU